AUGGGCCAACCACCCAAACACACAACGGACGACGACUACCCGACCAAGACGUCCUUCCAACAACGCGAGACCGAAGACGUCCUCCAGAAGCACUUGCCCACCGACUCGAGCGCGACGCCGACGCUGAACAAGAACUCGCAUCUGCAGUUCUUGGUGCGGAAUUUCGUGCAGGGGUUUCCGGCGAGGUAUAGCAGCCAGGACGCGAGCCAGCCGUGGCUGAUGUUUUGGACGCUGCAGAGCUUUAGCGCGUUGCAGGUUGGGAUCGAUCCGGUGAACAAGCAGAGGGCGAUAGAUACGAUUAUGUGUUGGCAGCAUCCGGAUGGCGGGUUCGGUGGUGGGCCGGGACAGGCGGCGCAUUUGUUGCCGACAUACGCCGCUGUAUGCUCUCUCGCCAUCGUCGGCAGGCCAGGACCGGGCGGUGGCUGGGACCAGAUCGACAAGGAUAAACUGUACGCGUUCUUCAUGUCCCUCAAACAGCCCGACGGCUCCUUCAUCGUCGCGCACCACGGCGAAGUCGACGUCCGCGGCAUAUACUGCCUCCUCGUCACGUCCAUCCUCCUCAACAUCCUCACCCCCGCCCUCAUCUCCGGCACAGCAGCAUUCAUCGCCUCGUGCCAGACCUACGAGGGCGGCUUCGCGUCCGCCUCGCACCCCUACUACGCCGCGCAGGCGGCGCCCGAGGACCCGCUGCAGUGCCUGCCGAACCCGCGGCCGAGUCUGGGCGAGGCGCACGGGGGGUACACGUAUUGCGCGCUGGCGUCGUGGGUGCUGCUCAGGCCGUUUUUAGGGAAGGAGGAUAAGGAGCCGAAGGUCGAUCUGAAGAGGCUGGCGCGGUGGGCGGUGGGUAUGCAGGGGGCGGAGAUCGAGGUGGGCGGGUUUAGGGGGCGGACGAAUAAGCUGGUUGAUGGGUGCUAUUCGUGGUGGUGCGGUGGGGUGUUUGAUUUGUUGGAGAGUUUGGGUGUGGUGACGGCUGGGGGGAGGGAGAAGGAGGGGGAGGGGGUUGAGCAUCGGGAGGCGGAGGAGGCGGAGGAGGGGUGGGACGAUGCGGACGAUUCGUUGUUCAAUCGUAAGGCGUUGCAGGAGUAUAUCCUUUUUACGGGUCAACACCCUGCGGGCGGGCUUCGCGACAAGCCACCGAAGCAUCCGGAUGCGUAUCAUACGCUUUAUUGUCUCUCAGGACUCUCAGCUGCGCAACACCGGCUCGUUCAGUCUUCUUCGCGCCGAGCUGAGGUGCACGCGAUCUGGAAGGACACGGAGGAGUCAGACAAGGCACCUCUGAGCAAGACCGCAUUUGCCGAGGCGCUCUGCUGGUCUGAAGAAGAAGGUUCAUCUCUGAUCGUCGGGCCCGCUUCGAAUCGCGUCAACGCGACACAUCCGAUCUUCAACUUGACGAUGACGCAUACGGAGGGUAUCAUGGCCCACUUCUACCAACAGGAGGUGCCCAAACGUAACCCACCGAAGGCAAAGGCGACGUGA